GUCUAACUUCAAAUCUUCGUGUUCUCAAGGUUAUACGGUGUUUCAGGAUGUCGACGUUUAACGCUGGACCGGCUAAUACAGGGGCUGCACCUGUGGAGCUCACGGCAGGCAAAAUCCGAGAAAUGAUGGCUAAUGCACAAAGGGCAAUAGCACAACGGAAGGUUGAGCUUGGCCUGACAGAGAACGGAGCUGCCAAUGGGUUGAAUUUCCCACCAGGAGUCAUUCCGGAUACAGCAACUGUUGACAAAAUGAGGCGAGCUGCUCAGCUGCAAGCACAAAUAACUGCUCGUUUGAACUCGGGAAUUCUGAGCAGCCACACUGUUAAUAGUGACUCCAGGAAGUCAAAGGAUAUACCCAAUGUGAUCUUCGACGAGGAAGGUAAAACUAUCGAUGCUUCUACUGGAGAGGAAAUACAACUUACUCAUUAUACACCAACACUUAAAGCCAACCUCAGAGCGAAACGAGCGCAGCAGUUUAAAGAGGUGCUCCAAACUACUACACAGAAGAAACCUCAAAAAUCUUCCGUUUCAACCGUGUUUUUCGAUCCUCGCCUAAGAGUCAAAGCUGCUUCACGUCCGAAACGGCCGUUAAGUUUCCACGAACCUGGGAAGUUUGUCAAAAUGGCUCAGCGCAUGCGAACUAAGUUCCAGCUUCAAGUCUUACAGGAAUCUGUCGCUCAGGCUGUCAGAAAAACGGGUAUUGCUAGUGCAGCCAAACUAUCCACUAUCCAGCCAAAGCGUUCCGUCGACGAAACAGACAUACCAUCACUGGAGUGGUGGGAUGCCUAUAUCCUGAAAGAGGGUGUAACUAGUUAUUCUACUUUAGACGAACUAGCUAUUCAUGGUCUGCCUGUCUCUGCUGCUAUCAACAAAGCAUGGAUCACAAGUUUGGUUGAGCAUCCAGUUAAACUGAAACCUCCAACUGAUCUCUCUAAACCUCCGGAAAUACCAUUACUUUUAACGAAAAAGGAGCGUAAAAAGCUUAGACGUCAAAACCGUCAGGAGGCCCAAAGAGAAAAACAAGAGAAAGUUAGACUUGGCCUGAUGCCACCCCCUGAACCAAAGGUGCGCCUGGCGAACUUGAUGAGAGUCCUAGGGUCAGAUGCUGUUCAGGACCCAAGCAAAGUAGAAGCUUAUGUACGAGCCCAAAUGGAAUCUCGCAAACGAGCGCAUGAGGCUGCUAAUGCUGCCCGAAAAUUAACAAAAGAGCAAGCUCGUUACAAACGCAUUAAAAAAAUACGGGAAGAUACAACUCAUGCAGUUCACGUUGCUGUGUACAGAUCCAGUUCGUGUGACACCACAUCGUUAUGUAGUACACAAACAGAAGUAGAUCGAGUUCAUACUACCUGAUAAUUAUAUAGUAUGAAUAAAAUAGUUGUUACCAGUUUAUAGUCACAAUACGAGAAUGUUUCUGAAUUUUUUGGUACCUCUGUUUACCUAAGGAGAUAUGUCUAAUGGAUAUGCAGUAACUCCAGUAAUCUUUGAAUGUAACUUGUUGAAAGUAAAACAGUGACUGUUAAUACAUGUUACCAAAUCCAGUGUCAUCAGAAGUAAAUAGCCUCAGCAUAAACAAAAUGAUGUAAAUAAUAAUCUUGAACUAAUCAAUUUUAAAAGGCAGCUCAAAUCCCGUAUGUUAUACUAUCAAUUCUGAUAUUAUUGCAAUAAGAAUCAUUUAGACUUGAGUUCAUGAAACUCAUCGUCAGUAAAUCAAAUCGCUGUAGCAUAUUAUAUCGGACACUGUGACCGUUUAGAAAUGGUAUAAGAUAAUUGUGUAUCUUUUUAAAUUUAGAAAUGUUCCGGUAUUGUAAGUCAAUAUGUUUUAUAUCGAUACUGCUUAUCUUUAGAGUAAAGGAUUUUUCCAAUCCAUCUCAUCGAUUCAAAGUAGAGACAAAUGCCAACCAGCUACUCAUGACGGGACUGGUCGCACUUCACAGUGAUUGCAACGUAGUGGUUGUGGAAGGAGGACCUAAACAACAACGAAAAUUUCAGCGUCUCAUGCUUUGCCGAAUAAAAUGGCGUGACGGUAAACGUGGGGCAGUCAGUAGUAAUCCAUCAGGCUCUUUCAGCCACGAGGACCGUACUGCUACAUCUGAACUGAACAGUGACUCAGGAUGUCAUUUAAUCUGGAAGGGUACAGUCAAACAACGUGCAUUCGAUAAAAUUCAGUUUAAAGCAUGUCCCACAGAACUUUACGCACGUGAACAAUUUCGUAAACGCGAUGUGGAGCAUUAUUGGGAUCUUGCAUACAGUGGAGCUAUAUUAGAAACUCUUAACAGUUAAAAUGUUUCACAAAUUUUCUUUUUGCAUAUUGAUUUUGUCAAAAAUAGUCUUUAUAAAGUGAUGAUUUUGGUGUAAAUAAAGUUGUACAUCUUUUUUUUAGUGUUUUAUUUGAUCAUUAUUAUGCAAUAAUAUAGUGUACAAAAGAUUUCAUUUCCUUUGGUAGAUAUCGAAAUGCUUUUGAAAAGAGUAAGAUGUUUGUUUUUGCGUUUUACUACUGACUAAUGUGUUUGUUUCAAAUAAGUUGUUUUGUAAACACCUAUUGAUGGUGAUGAGUUGUGUUCUUUUGUUAUAAACAUGUUUUCAUAGUUUCGAGUUGUGUUAUUCUUUUUUAUUUGUCUAUAUAUAUAUAUAUAUAUAUAUA